CUCGUCGCACUUUAUCCCCCCCCCUUUUUUUUUUAUAAUUAUUUCUUAAUCAUACUUGUCUCUCCGAAUUCAUUCUUGAAGCCUCCCUCAACCAUCUCUGGUUGUUUAAAUAAUGCAAACAAAGCGGCGCGAUGUUGCUGUGGUGGGUACUGGGAUGGCCGGGCUUGUGACAGCUUAUUUACUGCAUAAUGACUCCCAGCAGCGGUUUCGCGUGCGAUUGAUGGACCAGGGCACACAAGUUUCGUUGGCGGCGGAAUCUGUCCGAGUACCGAAAUCCAGGGCUUGGGUUGAUAUACCUAUGCGCGCCUUUGCUGGCGGAUUCUAUCAAAACCUGGUGCGGAUGUACGACUAUCUGGGCGUGUGCUAUCAGUCUCAGCCUUUUCUCUUCCAUUUUUCCUGUCUCUCAGGCACGGUCCCAAACACAGCGCCACCCGAACCGUCCCUGAGCCACGCUUCAAACUUUCACGGCAUUCCGCCAAUUCCCCACAAAGACAUUGUCCCCUGGCUUCUUCAGGUCCUCUACGUUCUCUUUUGCUAUGUCUGGUUCACUGUGUGCUGUUUCUUCGUCCAGCCCCUACAAACACCGGAAGAUGAGUCCCUCGACGAUUACCUUCGCCGCAUUCGCCUCCCUCGUGCCUACGUUACUAGCUACCUUCUCCCCAUGAUCUCCAGCGUGUGUACCUGUUCACAUCAUGAAUUACUACGAUUUCCGGCCUCCGAUAUCCUUACCUAUAAACUGCGCACACACCGCCAGCCACAUUUCGUCGUCUCCGGUGGUGUUCGCAAGGCACAGGAUGCCCUCCUCCGCGGAAUCGACGUGCACCUUGGCACCCAAAUCACAAAGGUCACCUCCACCGUAGACGGUGUCCUGCUGACGUCGCGGACACUCGAGAAGGGAACGGAGUCCACUGAGCGCUUUGAUCUUAUCGUUCUCGCGGUAUCUCCAGACAUCGCCGCGCAGAUCUUCGAGCCCUCACGGGACACCUUGCAGCACGUACCCACCACUACAGUCUGCACCGUCGCGCACACCGACUUUGGUAACAUCCUGACCAGGAGAUACAACACAAAGUCUUCCAUAAAUAGCGCGCCUACUUCGCAAGAUAUUUUCCUCCGCUCUACGGAGACUAUUACAGAAGCGGUUCACUCCCAAUCGUUCCCAAUACUAGUUACCACAAACCCUGUUACACCCAUUGACCCAGCCAAGAUCCUGAGGUCCGCAUCCUUCACGCGGGUACUACGCAGUCCACGCAGCCGGCGACUGCUGAAAGAGCUAUUCUGGGAGACAGACCCUGCUGUGUCGUCACCUACCCGUGCCUGGCGCAACGGCGAUGGGGGGGUUUACCUUGCCGGUGGGUGGUGUUGGGAUGGAAUGGUACUACUCGAGGGGUGUGUAGUGUCUGCGAUGCGAGUUGCGCGGGAAUUGGAUGUAUCUAUUCCUUGGUGAUGUCUAUACUAGUGAU